GGAAUCGGAAACGUCAACCAUUACCAAUUUCAUGUUCUGUCACUCCAUGUUUUCUCUCUUUUGGUGAAUUCUUGGCAACACGAGAAUCACGUUGUGAAUUUUUAAAAUAAAGCCAGCAUGGCACCAAGGUACGAGAUCGCAGUCGGCCUCCAAAGGGGUCACAAAACCACCAAAAUUUCAGACAAAUCUAAACUGAAUAAAGUUCGUCCCGCCAGGUUGAAGGGGAUCCAAACCAAACACACCAAAUUUGUCAGAGACAUUAUCCGUGAAGUCGUAGGACAUGCUCCAUAUGAAAAGAGAGCCAUGGAAUUGUUAAAGGUUUCAAAGGAUAAGAGGGCCCUGAAAUUCCUGAAACGUCGUCUUGGCACACACAUCAGAGCUAAGAGGAAGCGUGAAGAACUAUCCAACAUUCUUACCCAAAUGCGUAAACAACAAGCUACACAUAAAUAGAUUGUAUUUUGUUUAAUU